UGAUGAGAGGCCACGCCACGUGCCAUGCUGACGUAGCAACAACAAUGGCGGCGCUCGGCACGGUGCGCCGCUUCUUUGGAAGCUAUUCACGGCUGAAAAAUGUGCAACCAAGCAAGCAAACUCCGAGAUGUAGCGUGAGGCUGUUCUGCGGGGAAACACAACAGACGCAUUUGGAAAGGCCCCGAUUCUCAGAUCCAGCUGUGCAGGACAUCCUCACCAGGAUAACAGGGUUGGACCUGCAGAAAGUGUUCCGACCCAUAAAACAGGAGCUGAAACCGCCUACGUAUAAACUCAUGACUAGUGAACAGCUGGAGCAGGCAGUACAUCUGGCCUCAGAGGAAGCUAAGAAGCGGCUUAAUACCCCCCCUGUCCUUCCAGAGAGGAAACCCAUCAACGAUGUGCUGGUUGUGGAUCAGAUCCUGGAUGGCAUGGACACAGCCAAACUUGUCUUCACGGACAUCACUUACAGCAUCCCACACCGGGAGAGGUUUAUAGUUGUACGGGAGCCUGAUGGUACUCUCAGGAAGGCCACCUGGGAGGAGAGAGACCGGAUGAUUCAAGUCUAUUUCCCCAAGGAGGGACGCCUGAUCUCACCGCAUCUCAUCUUCAAGGAGGAGAACCUCAAGUUUGUGUUUUCUCAGGACCGCCAUGAGGACGUGUUAGACCUGUGUCUGGUCCAGUUUGAGCCAGACUCAUCAGAUUACAUUAAAGUACAUGCGGCCACAUAUGAGGACCUGGACAAACACGGUAAAUAUGACCUGCUGCGCUCCACCAGACACUUUGCAGGCCUGGCUUGGUACCUUGUCAGCGCUCGCAGGGUGGACGGGCUCAUUGUGGACAUGCUGAAGAAGGAGCUGCUGCAGGACGCCGUGAGUCUGGUGUCUCUGUUCCACAUGGUUCAUCCUCACAGUGAGUCGGCUCAGGAAGCUGCCAGCCAGCAGGCCGCUGGCACUGAGCUGCUAAAGAUCUACACCCAGAAGGAAUCCCAGAGGUCAGGCUACAUCCAGCUGGCUCUGCAGGCGUUUGAGCAGAGAUCUGCAGAGAAGUCCGCUGCCUAACGUUCCCACACCAGGACUCUGACUGACUCACCAGAACUGGAUUUGGGUUUUAGAUAGUGCUGCACAGACCCAGAUCUCAAACUGCAGCUGUACCAGCCCAGCUCUGAUUCUCCUGAAAAGUCUUUGUGUGUUUCAUUUAAAUCUCUGAUGUCGCUGAAUAACGUCUGGUUUUGGGCCCGAAGCCUGGACAAUAAGGAUAGAUUAAUUCAUUUAAUUAUUUGUUAAACACAAUGACAUUUGUUUUGUUUUCUUUGAUGAAAUAAACAGUAAAACAUGAACAAGU